AUGAAAAAACACAAAACACCAUGUAAAAGAAAAUAUCGUCAAAGAGCUCAUUGUAAUCCUCUAUCAGAUAGUUAUAUAAAAUAUCCGAGGAAUUAUGAAUAUGUUGAUUGGAGUUUACAUUUUCCAUUCUUUUUUGACAAAAAUAAAAUUGAAGAUGAAUAUAUAACAAAUAAAGAGAAUUCAAAAGAUGAACAUAUGAUAACAGAUAAUAUAAAUAAUGAUGAAAUUUAUAAUACAAAUAAUAAUAAAAGUGAUAAUAUAAAUAAUGAUGAAAUUUAUAAUACAAAUAAUAAUAAAAGUGAUAAUGUAAAUAAUGAUGAAAAUCAUAAUAUAAAUAAUGUGCUAUAUUUAAAUACUAAUAAAUAUCCAGUGAAUUAUAAAAUAAAAAAUAAAUUUAAUCAAUCUUUUGAGAAUAAUAAAGAUGUUACCAUUUUAGAUAUAGGAUGUGGAUAUGGUGGUUUAUUAUUUUCUUUAAGUAAAAUAUUUAAUGAUAAAUUAAUUUUAGGUUUAGAAAUAAGAGAUAAAAUUACAAAUUAUGUUGGUGAGAAGAUUUUAUCUUAUCGAUAUAAUUAUAAUCCAUAUUAUCAUAAUAUAUCUGUUAUUCGUACGAAUGUAAUAAAAUUCUUACCGAAUUAUAUAAAAAAAAAUCAAAUAGAAAAAAUCUUUUUUUGUUUUCCUGAUCCUCAUUUUAAAAAACAUAAUUGGAGAAGAAGAAUUAUUACUAUAGAAAAUUUGUCUUUAUAUUAUCAUUUAUUAAAAAAUAACGGUUAUAUUUAUUUUAUUACAGAUGUAUAUACAUUAUACUUAUGGGUCAUAUUUUGUUUUUCAAAAUGUUCCUAUUUUAAAUUACUUACAAAGAAAGAUUGUGAAAAUGAUAUUUGUGUUAAGUUAAUUCAUGAAAGUUCAGAAGAAUCAAAAAAGGUCAAAAAAAAUAAACAAAGUAUGUAUUACUGUGUUGCCCAAAAAAUUUAA